CUCAAGAAGGAGUCCGAGUCUGCGCAGAUGCGUUUCCGGUGCAUUUCCAAUUCUCAGACGACACGAAGAUUCCGGCUAAAAUGGCAGGGCUUGUUUUGUUAGUUAUCUUGGUGCUGCAUGCCUGCAGUGAAGUAGAUGCCAAGUCCAAAUUUGUCUCUGUGUCACUAGAUGCCAAAUGGGAGUCGACACCACUGAUGCUAGAAACUAGCGAGUUUCUGGCCAAAGAGAGUAAUGCCAUGUUCUGGGCUUUUGUGGAUACUGUGGCAGAGGCCAACACUGCUGACAUGCAAGAUAAAGAACCUAAAAGUGUAUGAGAUGAUUCUGUCCAUAGCAGAAAAACUUAUUCCUUCCAAAUAACAACUGGGCCUUCUCAAGUUUUCAUUAUCAUUAAGAUCUUAUUCACCAGCUGUAGAAAUGCAUAAUCAGGUGGCCAAGGAUAAUAACCCUCCCCGUGAUUGUGAUACAUUUGUCGACGUCCAGGGCAAGGUCACGUGUGAUAGCAAGGAAAUGAAACGACUCAUUAACAGUGCCACUCAAAGGAACCAUCUGAAGAGAAGGUGAGACUGGCUGGGUAUGGUGUGGAGUUGGCAAUAAAGAGCACAGAAUACAAAGCAAAGGACGAUACAAAAAUGCAAGCUGGUGAAGAUGAGGAAGAUGACUUGGAAGAUGAUGAAGGAAAGGAUGUUCAGGGCAUUGUGUUCUCAUCUCUACGAAUGAAGCAUCCUGAUUUGAAGGAGAAAUUGAAAGAAUUCAAGAAACAUCUUAUGAUGAGUAGCAAUGAGCUAUCCCCUCUGAAAGUUUGGCAGUUACAGGUAUUUGAGCAGUAUUUGAACAUUCUCCCUGGGGAAUCGGCUCUAUUCUUCAAUGGCCUACAAUAUGACCUUGAUAUCAGUGAUGUGUUCACUUUGCUGGAUACAUUACGAGCUGAUGCCAAGAUUAUGGAAGGCUUAUACAGUAUGGGUAUUAAGGGUGAAAGCCUAAGUAGCCUCCUUAAGCUUGACUUGAAAGAAACAGUUACCAGUUAUGCUGUAGAUAUCCGGAAUGGGCCCAUACAGUAUAUCAAUGAUCUUGAGAAGGACAGAAGAUACCAGCAGUGGCCCAGCAGUGUUCAGGACAUGUUCAGACCCACCUUCCCUGGAAUGCUAAGACAUGUCGCCAAAAACUUUUUUACAAUGGUAUUUAUGGUGGAUCCUUCCCAGCCAGAUGCCAGAGAUUUGCUGAAGAUGGCAGAAUCAUUCUAUGUGCACAAUGCCCCAAUCAGACUAGGCUUACUGUUUGUAGUGAACAAUGAGAAGGAAGUGGAUGGAGAACAGGAUGCAGGUGUCGCCCUCUACAGGGCUUUCAACUUUGUGAAAACAGCCAACACUGUGUCUGCUGCUCUUUCUUUUCUUACUGAUGUGUUUGAUAAGGUCCAGGCUGGAGAUUUGACAGCAGACCAAGUGGUUGCAGAAUUCAGGUCACAGUAUCAAGAUGAGGAUGUCAACAUGGUGUUUUCUUCAGACUCAGAUUAUGAUGAUGGUAGAAUAUAUCUGUGUUGAGAGACAGAGAAGAGGAGGACACAGGCAAGUUCUGCAGAGUACUUCUCCCUCAUUGGCCUCACCUCACUGCCUCAAGUUCUCCUAAAUGGGGUUCCUCUCAAGAAAGAGACACUUAACCAAGACAGUUUUGAGGAAGGUGUGGUUAUGGAGAUAAUGAAACAGACUCCAGACUUCCAAAAGGCUGUCUAUAAGGGUGAACUGACUGACAGAGAUAAUGUGUUGGACUGGAUAAUGGAAAAAGAGGAUGUUUUGCCAAGACUGAAUGACCAGAUACUGGACACCAAGGACAAGAGGUACCUGCAGUUUGGACAUGAUGCAGAUCAGUAGCAGAUCAGUGGGGAACAAGAAUUACAAAAUAUCCUUUUACAGUUGCUUGAAAUGUGGCUGAAUAUUUUAUCACAUUAAAUUAUUGAUUCUAACUCAUAAGAAUAAAUUGUACCACCAGCGUUAGCGCUGGCGGUACACAUGGUUUAAGUCCCGUCCGGAUCGUUCCGCCGGCUCCUGC